UUGAGGACACGGCGGUGUGGAGAGGACAACACUGAACAACCACCACUAAUCACCACACAUCGUCUCUCACCCGGCCAUGGUCGGAGGAAACGACAACAGCGCUUGUUAUUCUCUACUGGGAGCUAAACUUUUAAAUUCUUAAAAAAGAAGGUACUAGAUAGCUAGCCAUGCUGCCGAACGUCACAUUCCGCGGAUAUAAGCGACAUUGAAGGGGAGAAAAAGUAGUCCCACCACACCGAAACCACAAAGAAGCAGCCGGCAGUCUUUUCUUUUUAUUUUUUUCUUCACGCUCGGAGGGAAAGACGGCAUCCGGCCCGAGAAGAAGCUCCGAGGUCGGGGACUCCGGUCGGAGCAACGUUCGUCGUUUCUGGCCUCCCCUUCCUGAGAGCUCCAUGGAGAAGAUGAAGAAGUUCAAGCGGCGUCUCUCUCAGACGCUACGAGGCAGCCACACCAUCGACGAGUCACUGUCUGAGCUGGCGGAACAGAUGACCAUCGAGGAGAACGGCCUGAAGGACAGCGAGCCGAUAGUGAGGAAUGGUCGCCCCCCAUCAGCCCACAGUGUCCACUCCUUCCUGCACCAGUACACGGGCUCCUUCAAAAAGCCGCCGCUGCGGCCGCCGCAGAGCGUCAUCGGGGGAGGCCUGGGCUCCCUCAUGGUCAUGCCACGCAACGGCAGUCGCCUCGAUAUCGUCCAUGAGAACCUGAAGAUGGGGUCGGACGGGGAGAGUGACCAGGCAUCGGGGACGUCCUCAGACGAGGUGCAGUCGCCCACGGGCGUUUGUCUGCGGAACCGAGGGAACAGACGCAUCUCUGCAGAGGACCUGAACAAACGUCUGUCCCUACCGGCGGACAUCCGGAUACCUGAUGGUUACCUGGAGAAAAUGCAGCUGAGCAGCCCUCCCUUCGACCAGCCGCUGAGCCGACGUUCCCGCAGAGCAUCGCUGUCAGAAAUCGGAUUUGGGAAGCUGGAGACCUACAUCAAACUGGACAAACUGGGGGAGGGCACAUACGCCACGGUCUUCAAGGGGAGAAGUAAGCUGACCGACAACCUAGUGGCGCUGAAGGAGAUCAGACUGGAGCACGAGGAGGGGGCUCCAUGCACGGCCAUCAGAGAAGUGUCGCUACUGAAGGACCUGAAACAUGCAAACAUUGUGACGCUGCACGACAUCAUCCACACGGAAAAGUCGCUCACGCUGGUCUUCGAGUAUCUGGACAAAGACCUCAAGCAGUACAUGGACGACUGCGGGAACAUACUGAGCAUGCACAACGUCAAGAUUUUCCUGUACCAGAUCCUGCGAGGAUUGGCAUACUGUCACAGGCGGAAAGUUCUCCACAGAGACCUGAAGCCGCAGAAUCUGCUCAUCAACGACCGAGGAGAACUCAAACUAGCCGACUUUGGCCUAGCGAGAGCCAAAUCUGUCCCCACCAAAACCUACUCUAACGAGGUGGUCACUCUUUGGUAUCGGCCUCCCGAUGUGCUGCUGGGCUCCUCUGAGUACUCCACUCAGAUAGACAUGUGGGGUGUGGGCUGCAUAUUCUAUGAGAUGGCCGCCGGCAGGCCUCUGUUCCCCGGCUCAACGGUGGAGGACGAGCUCCAUCUCAUCUUCAGGCUGCUCGGCACUCCCUCUGAAGACAGCUGGCCCGGAAUAUCCUCCAUGGACGAGUUCAAGUCCUACAAGUUCCCCAAGUACAAGGCUCAGCCGCUCAUAAACCACGCCCCCAGGUUGGACACUGAUGGCAUCGACCUGCUGAUGUCAUUCCUAAAAUACGAGUCGAAGAAGAGAAUCUCUGCAGAUGAAGCAAUGAGGCAGCCGUACUUCAGGAGCCUGGGGCCACGUGUGCACACGCUGCCAGAAAGCAUAUCCAUAUUCACACUGAAGGAGGUCCAGCUGCAGAGAGAUCCCGGCUACCGGAACUCCUCAUACCCCGAGCCAGGCAAUGGAAAGAACAGAAGACAAAGCAUGCUGUUUUAGAUUCUCUGGACUGUUUUGUUAUUUGAGAAGUGUCUCCAAGCUGUACAGCCUCGCCGAUGGAUCAGUGACAAGGAAUGGAUGUUGGCCUGGAGUCUCUUCAUCAUCGCUCCCCCCAAAAGCUACUGGUGAAACUGGUCCACAGUGCCACAAAGUUCCUCCCCGGCCCGGCCCCAAAGAGACAUUUAUAUACUGUACAUCUAUAUUUAUUAAGAGAAUUUGCUGCUAAAUCCAACUACUGUCUAGAAUUCUAACUGACUCAGUCACUUUAACGAGGAGUACAUGCAAUGUGUAUAGAUUGUUCAUUUCUUUCUUUUUCUUUUUGAAGUGGCGGUAUUUUAAGAGCUGUUUCCAUUUUCAUACAUAAAAAGAGAAACCUCCCCAGAGAGUGUGGGUGUGUGAGGACAAGCAGAGGGACGUUUCUGUAGCAACUCAAAAGGCUUUGAUUUCUCCGACGGUGCUCUUCAGCAGCACCAAUCAUGUGUGACUUUUUACUCCGCAGGUUUUUGAGGCUAGCUUUAAUAUAACUGAUAAUGUCAUCCUAGCUCGGGGCUAAUAUGUUGAGCUACGGACACAAAAGAUCAAAUUCUUGUUGGAUGUUGGCACAUCCUUCCAGGAUGCUGCCGCCCCCUGGAAAAGGGGGGAAAAAAAGCAACGUAGACUCGAAUACAAAGGCAUUACAGGAUUAGUUGCGCCUCCUGAAUUCCUCAGAAAACUUAACAUAAUUAUCUACCUACAGUAAACUAUCGUGUCUGCCCCUCCAGUCUGUUACAGAGGUGGUGCAGAGGGAACGUUCAGUGUAGGAAUGUGCUGCAUCACAGACGCGUUCUCCUGACAUUCCCGUCUCCACCAGCUGUAAAAGGAUCCCUUUCUGUUCUCUGGUUGUGAUGCAUGUCCGCUCUGUUGUGUGAGGGAAGCUCACAGCAACCCAACUCCCAACGCGAGGAAGAGGAGGAGGAGGAGGAGGAGGAGGAGCUCCUUGGGAAUGCCAUGCUCGGUCUGUCUAUUUAACAGUGUUACAUGAGACGUUUUGUAAGAUAUUCUUUGACUUCAUUUGUUGAUAAUUGUUGUUGGCGUGGGAUUCCCUUGCAGGCGCCCUCCCAUGUGAGCUUUUUCAGAACAGAAGUACAGAAAAUUAAAUCUAAAGUUUAAAGCAAAGCCACGUGAACUUUUGUCUUCUUUGCCACAGAAUGUUUUUGUUAGCGGCCGUUUGUACUCUAGCAUUAGAUGCUUAGUUGUUACUGGUACAACCGGUCCAUAGUGCCACAAAGCUCCUCCCCCGGUCCGGCCCCAAAGAGACAUUUAUAUACAUCUAUAUUUAUAGGCAUCUCCCAGGUGCUCUCCGCUCCACCUGUCAUUUGUGUCCGUGUACUGUGACGGUUUUCGAGGCCGGCUUUGCUGUAACUUUCCUUUUAUCCUCGCUGGGGGGUAAUAUCAUAAUCAGAUCCUAGUCAUCACACAUCAUUGAGCACGGAGGCGCUCUAUUGGUGUUACAAGACGUUUUGUAUGAUAUUCUUUAACUGGUUGAAAGGUAUAGGGAAUGCCCUCCCGUGUGAGCCCCUCCCACCCAGAGUAAAGAAAGUGACAUCUAAAGUACACGACUUUGUUUGUCUUGUUCGACUCUUAAAAUGUUUGUUUGUUAUUGUGAAGUCUUUAAUUUAAAGGCAAGCAUUCAAUGCUUUGUUUAUUGAAAAUGACAAGACAUUUUUCACAAUACAAAAUGAUACAGAAUACAAACCGUAUACCAAGUCCAGUAUAAAAAAAGGAACUUUACAAGUGUUAAAUGUUUUCAUUAAUUUGAAAUCUCGUCUUCAUUAAAAGAAAUAUAGGACAACAAGGCACAGCCGGUACUAUCUGAGAAGCAUAGUGCAUACAACACUCCACAUGUCAAACAACUGGUUUCACAAUGUGAAGAACACUCAGGGGGGAAAAAAAGAUUACUUUUUUUUUUUUUUUCAACAAGAUAAAAAACAAGCUAGCCCUUUUUGCAGCUGGCUGCACGUCACUACUGUCCAUGUGCUGUACUUCAUCACAGAGAGCCAGACGUCUCUCAGACGCCGCGGCGUAUGGCUUUUACCAGGUGGGCUCAACCGCCCUGGAAUCCGAAGCAACUCAAGUGCAAAAAAAAACCCACAAAAAGUGA